AUGGAGGCCCCGCUGCGGCCCGCCGCGGACAUCCUGCGCCGGAACCCGCAGCAGGACUACGAGCUCGUCCAGAGGGUCGGCAGCGGCACCUACGGGGACGUCUACAAGGCUAGAAAUGUACAUACAGGAGAAUUGGCUGCUGUAAAAAUUAUCAAAUUGGAGCCUGGAGAUGAUUUUUCUCUGAUCCAGCAAGAAAUAUUUAUGGUCAAAGAAUGUAAACAUUGCAAUAUUGUUGCCUACUUUGGGAGCUAUCUCAGUCGGGAGAAACUGUGGAUUUGUAUGGAGUACUGUGGUGGUGGAUCACUUCAGGAUAUUUACCAUGUCACUGGACCAUUAUCAGAAUUGCAAAUAGCUUAUGUUUGCAGAGAAACUUUACAGGGUCUUGCCUAUUUACAUACUAAAGGCAAAAUGCAUAGAGAUAUAAAAGGUGCGAAUAUUUUAUUGACAGACCAUGGUGAUGUAAAAUUAGCUGACUUUGGUGUGGCUGCAAAAAUAACAGCAACCAUUGCAAAGAGAAAAUCUUUCAUUGGUACCCCUUACUGGAUGGCCCCUGAAGUUGCAGCAGUGGAAAAGAAUGGAGGCUACAACCAACUCUGUGACAUCUGGGCUGUGGGCAUAACAGCAAUUGAACUGGGAGAACUUCAGCCGCCUAUGUUUGAUCUGCAUCCAAUGAGGGCCCUCUUCUUAAUGUCAAAAAGUAAUUUUCAGCCUCCAAAACUAAAGGACAAAACAAAAUGGUCAUCAACAUUCCAUAAUUUUGUCAAAAUAGCACUAACCAAAAACCCCAAGAAAAGACCAACUGCUGAAAGACUUCUGACUCAUACUUUUGUUGGGCAGCCUGGUCUGUCUCGGGCCCUCGCAGUUGAACUGUUGGACAAAGUGAACAACCCAGACAACCAUGCACAUUACACCGAAGGAGACGACGAUGACUUUGAGCCCCAUGCAAUCAUUCGUCAUACCAUUAGAUCUACAAACAGGAAUGCCAGGGCUGAACGGACAGCUUCAGAAAUAAACUUUGACAAAUUACAAUUUGAACCUCCUCUGAGAAAAGAAACAGAGGCACGGGAUGAAAUGGGAGUAUCGUCAGACCCAAACUUCGUACUACAGUGGAAUCCUUUUGUUGAUGGUGCAAAUACUGGCAAAUCAACCUCAAAACGUGCAGUACCACCUCCCCUACCUCCUAAGCCAAGGAUGAACAUUUACCCUGAAGAUAACUUCCCAGAUGAAGAAAAAUCAUCAACCAUAAAAUGUUGUCCAGAUUCAGAGAGCAGAGCUCCCCAGCUUCUCAGAAGACAAAGCAGCCCAAGCUGUGGUCUUGCAGUGGAGCCGUCCUCGAUUGGUAGGGCUGCCAGUGGCCGCAGUCCUGGAGUGCACACAGCUAGAUACUGUGACGUGGGAAAUGGUGAUGGCAUUUCAAAACUGAUGAGUGAAAAUACAGAAGGAUCGGCACAAGCACCACAGUUACCACGAAAAAAGGACAAACGAGAUUUUCCUAAACCUGUCAUCAAUGGCCUUCCCCCCACCCCAAAAGUACUGAUGGGAGCAUGUUUUUCAAAAGUUUUUGAUGGCUGCCCUUUGAAAAUUAACUGUGCAACAUCCUGGAUACAUCCUGAUACAAAAGACCAGUACAUAAUUUUUGGAACUGAAGAUGGCAUUUACACAUUGAAUCUCAACGAACUACAUGAGGCAACCAUGGAACAGUUAUUUCCAAGAAAAUGUACUUGGCUGUAUGUUAUCAAUAAUACUUUAAUGUCAUUAUCAGAAGGAAAAACCUUUCAACUCCACUCUCAUAAUCUUAUAGCUUUGUUUGAACAAGCCAGAAAACCAGGAUUAGCUGCCCAUAUUCAAACUCACAGGUUUCCAGAUCGCAUAUUACCAAGAAAAUUUGCUCUUACAACAAAGAUUCCUGAUACAAAAGGCUGCCAUAAAUGUUGCAUAGUCAGAAACCCUUACACGGGACAUAAAUACCUCUGUGGAGCUUUACAGUCUGGAAUUGUUUUACUGCAGUGGUAUGAGCCCAUGCAGAAAUUCAUGUUGAUAAAGCAUUUUGAUUUUCCUUUGCCAAGUCCUUUGAAUGUGUUUGAAAUGCUGGUGAUACCAGAGCAGGAAUAUCCCAUGGUCUGUGUAGCUAUUAGCAAAGGCACGGAAUCGAAUCAGGUGGUACAGUUUGAGACAAUCAACUUAAACUCUGCAUCAUCGUGGUUUACUGAAAUUGGUGCAGAAUUUGUAAAAAUUGUAAAUCUACAAGGAAAACUGAAAUCAAGUAAAAAACUGGCCUCUGAGCUAAGUUUCGAUUUUCGCAUUGAAUCUGUAGUGUGCCUUCAGGACAGUGUGCUGGCCUUCUGGAAGCAUGGAAUGCAGGGGAAAAGCUUCAAGUCAGAUGAGGUCACCCAAGAGAUUUCAGAUGAAACAAGAGUUUUUCGCUUACUAGGAUCCGACAGGGUUGUCGUUUUGGAAAGUAGGCCAACAGAAAAUCCUACUGCACACAGCAAUCUCUACAUCUUGGCUGGACAUGAAAAUAGUUACUAAGCAACAGAAACUGAUCGCAAGUGAAAGGAAAAUGAAUAUAUUCCAUAUGAAAGCAAAGCAUUUUAAAGAAAUUUUGUACAAACUGCACCAUGGUUUGCUUGAACUGUUAUGGGUUAUCUCAAUGAUCAGUACUUUAGGAUAGAAUUCAAUAUUUUCUAUAGCUGGAAACAGCUAUUCUAUCUCUUGCCACUGUGUGGUGGUUAUAUCAGGUUUGCUUAAUAAAAGCUAGUAGACAAAUAGUCCUCUAUUCAGUUCCAGGAAACACACAGUCUUUUUUUUUAAAAAAAAGUAAUAAUGUUUGUAACAAGGGUGCCAUAUUUUUAAAUGACAAACUCAUGAUUAUCUUCAGAGAAAGAAGUUUUGUGACAGUUUUCUCAUUUUAUACCAUGCCCUUUUCCUUUGUAAUGAACAUAAUUUGAUAAAGAACUUCUCAAACAAAACUUUCAUUUUUACAUUGGCCAUUCUGUAUGUUUUUGUAAAAUAGAAUAUUUAAUCCUUAUUUAUUAAUAUCUUGCUGGAGUGGAAUAAUGUAUCUAACUUUUAGGAAAGGAGGGUUGCAGCGCAGCUUAAAAAUUUUUUAAUGUAUAAAGCGUUUGUUUACCUUUUAGGGGUAGUACUUCAAUGGGUUCAAGUCAGUGUGUUUGGGGUUCAAUACAUACAUGCAAUUUUGUUUAACGAGUAUUUUGUAUUGUAGUUUGUGCAGAAUUGCCUUAAAAGGAAGUUUCAUGUUUUCAACUACAAAUAGUUGUAGGAAGUAAUACAGAAGAUAAUGACUAUGGCUAAACUAUUGAAGGGGAUGUGUAUGUCUGGGUGUGGCUAUCAUGUAUGUACACUUGACAAGCAGUAUAAUUUACCUGUGAUUUUUUUACAUUAGGGAUAAUACAUAAGAAGUUAAUCUUCAUAUAUAUAUAUUAUCAUCCCUAAUGUAGGAGGAAAAAAGCAUUUAACUGUCCAUGAUAUGUAUUUUACUUAUACUAUGCCAGAGGGGAUAAAUAAAUGUAAAGCAACUACACAUGUAAUCAUGGGGUUUUCACAUAUGUAGUUAUUCAUAUUGACUAGGCUUAAGGGAAAAGACUUUAUAUGAAAUUGCAUUCCUAAAGGGAUAAUAUAAAUAAGUAUUAUAAAAAAACAGUUUGAAAAUAAAAAAGGAUAAGGCCAUUGGGGGGGGGGUUCUUUUGCUCUUGUUAGUGUUUAAAAUUCAAGAGUCGUGUCCAUGCCUGCUGUAUGGGUUUACUGAAUCUAGUUAGCUCUGAGAUGGUAAACAGGAUUAGCAAAAGUAAUCUUCAGAUUUAUUCUGACCAGUUUCUUGAGAGAAAAACCGUAAAACUAUAUCUUUCAAUUGUCAGCUGUUCUAUACAAUAGGUAUUAUCAUCAUCUCCAUUUUCAGAUAAGGAAAUAGGGGGUUAGCAAAGUUAAGAGAUGGAACUCAGUUCACACAGUGCGUGAGUAGAUGAGCCAGACCUUGAGUCUCCGGACUAUUCUUUUCUCUAUGCAAUAUGCAAACAAUAAAAUGUUGUACAACUGCGAA